UUUCCAUGAUCUUUGAUGCAGGGUGAGAGCUUCUUUGCGCUUUGAUUCAAUUUUUCUUGAACAAUGCUCUCUUUCUUCUUCUCUAAAAAUCUAUGCCCAAUCCAUAGUUUUGUUAGUGGCUCAUGGAACACUCAUCUCUUCAUUGCUCCGAAUAUACCACCCAUCAAAAAAUUAUUCUCAUCGAAGAGUCUUGUGUUAGAAGAUUCAAACAAUCGUUCCAUUGAUUGUGCCCCAAAAAUUGAUACUUUAUCACCUAAGAAAGUACAAGACACAGAGCUAGUCAAAACCCUUUUGAGGAAUUAUGGAUUCACCAAUACCCAAAUCUCCAAACUUGUUGAUAUGGACCCAACAAUCCUUUUCUGCAAUCCCCAGAAAACCAUCUUGCCUAAACUUGAGUUCUUUCGUUCUAUAGGCUUGUCAAGCACUGACAUUCCAAGAAUUAUCUGUGCUACCUACUGCCAAGCUUUAUUGUCCCGAAGCUUAGAAAACCAGCUAAUCCCUUGUUAUAAUUUCCUCAAGAGUGUCCUUUUUCUCAAUCAAAAUGUCAUUAAAAUGUUGAAGAGUCGUCCUAGGGUUCUUCUAUUCAAUGUGGAAAAGGUACUUGCCCCUAAUAUAGCAACAUUGAGAGAAGCUGGGGUGCCUCAAUCCGUAAUCUCGUUCAUGAUGUAUCGUUCUCCUAGCACACUGUAUCAGGAGAGUCUCAAGUUCAAAGAAGGUGUGAAUAAGGCAAUUGAAAUGGGAUUCAACCCUCAGAGAUCAACAUUCGCUCAUGCAGUCCAAGUGCUUUGUGAUAUGCAUGAGUCAACUUUCGAACAGAAAAAGGAGGUUUAUGGGAGAUGGGGUUUGUCUAAUGAUGAGAUUCUGUUGGCAUUCAGAUCACAUCCAUUGUGUAUGAAUUUAUCGGAGGAGAAAAUUAUGGAAACAAUGGAUUUUCUUGUGAACAAGAUGGGUUGGCAAGCCACGGUUGUUGCUAGAUGUCCAGUAGUCCUCUUCUUCAAUAUGGAGAGGAGGAUCAUCCCACGGUGCACAGUUGUUAAAAUUCUGCUGACAAAAGAGUUGGUGAAGAAAAAACUGCGCUUGACUACUUUUCUAAUACCCAAAGAGGAAGUGUUCCUGGGGAGGUUUGUGAACAAAUAUCAGGAUGAUGUUCCUGGUCUGAAGAAUAUUUAUUGAAGGAAAAUGGAUCUUGUGGAACCAAGACCAGGAUCUAAGAUAUGAAAAGAUGCUUGCUGCUGCUCAUGCAUCAUAUGAUCCCAACUGUAAUUCAUGUAGACCCUACCGAGGAAGAAGAGUUGGAAUUUUGGGAGGAAAAUAAUGGUGAAAUUGCCACCAUGGCAAAGAAUAAUUUUGUCAGUGACAAGGUGGUGGCUCUCAUCUACCAGAAAUUCACGUGCAGCCCUCCAGUUACCGAUCCCAAAUCUCUUGAAGCUCUGCUCUCUAAGAAAGAUUAAUUUUCCUCGUAAAAAGAUUCGCUCUUCUGAGGGAAUUUAGCUAUGAAAAUUCACUGAUUUUCAUUGAUGUAUAUGCGAGUAUGCUCAACUACGAUGAGCCAAGAGGAGAAGGAUUGUUUGAAGUGCAAAGGAUUGCUGUGAACGAUUUUUUGAUGCAGAGUUGAGUGUACCAUGAAUCAUUGACAAAUCUAUGGAUUGGGGGAAGAUUUUUAGAGAAGAAGAAAGAGAGCAUUGUUCAAGAACAAUUGAAUUAAAGUGUGAAGAAGCUAAGCUCUCACGCUGCAUCAAACAACCAUAGAAAUUGGAGUCUGGAGAUGGAGAAAAUUGAAAUUUUUUAUUUUUCGUA